UCUCUCUCUCUAUCUCUUUCUUUCUUCCCCUUUCUCGGUCUUCUCUUCUCUCGUCGAAUCGAACGAAUCGGCGUCCGCGUAUCCGAUGAGAGCCGGCGCGUCGCGACGUGGUGCGACAUCCGGUAUAAAGCCUCCCCGAAAGACGCGGCUUGACUUCCUGACGCGGGAGAGAGAGUGCUGGUAGUAAUUAUUCGCGAAUUUGCGCGGGGUGCGUACCCGAGUAAAGGUGUAUACUGCUACGUUGGAUGACAGUGGAACGGCACAAGUUGCUCGGAAUUAGUCGCGAACACAGGAGGACAUCCUUCACCGGGCAACAGCGGCCAGCAGGAUAUCGAGGUGAAGAGGUGGGAGCCAUGCCGCCCGGGCGAGCUUCCCUCGAGGCAGCCAGCAGGAUCGUUCAGCUACCGUUUCCCUAUUCUUCGAGGCUGCUCGACUCUCGUGCUCGCUUUUGUUGAGGUGAAGAACUGUGGAUUGGUGUAAUAAAACCUCGGCCCCAGGAGUAGCCCGAGGGUUACCCCGGGGACCUUGGGGAAGCGAUCGCGCGAAGACGAAGUGGCUGAGACCGACGACGAAGGACACGGGAGGCGGAGGAGGAGGCCGCUAUGAACGCCAGCGUUAACGUCGAGAGGAACUCCUGGCGGCUGCCUCCCGAUGAGACCGUCCAGGUCGCCGAUCCCCGUUCAAAGUCUGCCCAGGUAAAAGAGGAUUUAACGUAUGGGGAUGGCGGUCACAAUUGGCGGAGCAUAAUUUUCUCACUCCUGGUGAUCGGCUUCGUUAUCGCUGGCAUCGUCACGGCAAUUUAUCUCCUCGGAUACGUUGAUGAGCUCUUGUAUUGGAGCGGCAGGCGUCUUACGUUGGACGAGUGCCUUCGUGAUGACCUGACACCACACAGGUUACCACCGACCUGGCUAACCCACGAAAAGUUUGUCUACCAAGCUGAUGAUGGUUCCCUUACUCUCUUGAAUACUCGCAACAAUAGCGUGUCCCUUUUGGUCUCUAAUCAUACGCUUAGACAACUAAAUGUCCAAGGCUACGAAUGCAGCGCUGAUCUACGUUAUGUACUGUUCCGGCACAAUGUCAAACCGGUCUUUCGAAAUACUUUUACUGCUCACUACACCGUUUACGAUGUCACAAACGACCAUCAUACACCACUUCGCUUGCAAGCAGUGCCACGUACGCGACAGUCGCGACUGCAACAUGCCGCUUGGUUGGGCAACACGACCGGUCUCCUCAUGAUCUCCGAAAACGAUAUUUAUCUUAGAAUGGAGCCUACGGCCCAGGACAUUCGUAUGACCGAUACGGGCGUACCCGGAGUUAUUUACAACGGGGUGCCUGAUUGGUUGUAUCAGGAAGAAGUGUUGCCGAAACCGCAAGCGACAUGGCCCAGUCCGGACGGCACGCAUAUCCUUUACGCCACGUUUAACGACACCAGAGUGAGCGCGUUGGAGUUUCCUUGGUUCGGUACGCAGCUAGGUCAAGACGGAACUGGUUCGAAUCCUCUCGGAAUAUCCAAAUCCUUCCCGCCUUCUAGAUCAAUUAGAUAUCCAAGACCGGGUUCACCCAAUCCAGAGGUCGAAUUGUGGAUUGUAGAUCUCGGGAAUAUGAGCUCGAUGAAUUACAGUGGCAUGGGCAACACGACAUUGUCAGCAAAAAUGAAGCUGAAGCCGCCGCCGGCCUUGGACGGACAAGAUUAUUAUUUGAUAUCAGCCGGUUGGGUUGGCGACGACGCUUCGCAGAUCGCUGUCGUUUGGAUGACAAGGAUGCAAAAUUUGUCGUUGGUAUCGGCCUGCCGCGCUCCUAUGUGGGAAUGCGAAGAGACUCACUCGGAAAGAGCGCCCGAAGGAUUAUGGCUGGAUGCUCAACCGCAUCCUCUCUUUGCUCCGGAUGGCGACAGCUUCUUGUUGCUGGCCACAGUGCAGGAAGGCGAGAAGGAGCAUUUCACGCAUAUAAAGCACAUCACGCUUACACAGCAGAGAAUAGCGGUACUCUCUCAUGGUCGUUAUGAGGUAAGCGAGAUCUUAGCAUGGGACACCAAGGCACAUCUCGUCUAUUAUCUAGGCACCAGAGAGAAAAGACCUGGUCAGAGACAUCUUUAUGUGGUACGAGAUCCCAGUGCGGAUGAUCCUCGUCAUUUCGAACCAUUGUGUAUCACGUGCGAUCUUGGAGAAGUUCUUUGGAGCAGUAGGUUUUAUUAUACGAAUUGCACGCACUUCGCUGCUUCUGUCAGUCCAUCAGUGGACGAUGACGCACAAGGUCACUACGUAUUACAUUGCGAGGGUCCCGGCCUUCCUCUCGCUGGUAUACACAUGAUGUCAUCGCACAAAAUGGUUCGCGUGCUAUACGACACGAGAAUCCAACGCGCGGAUAAGCUGUCAGAACUCGCGUUGCCUACCAGAAGAAACUUUGAGGUGCCAUUACCUCAAGGCUGGCGGGCGCAGGUGCAACUGUUGCUACCUCCUUCAUGGCGGGAGGAGCUUAGGGACGCGGCGUUUCCCGUGCUUGUUGAAGUAAAUGGCCGUCCCGGUAGCGAGGCGGUCACGGACAAGUUCCGAAUAGAUUGGGGAACGUACAUGUCGAGUCGUAAUGACAUUGUCUACGUUAGACUGGACGUACGCGGUGCCCGAGGUCAAGGAAAGAGGGAUCUAUUCAGAAAGAUAGGCGGCGUCGAAGUACAGGAUCAGCUAACCGUGUUAAAACAUCUCUUGGAAACGCACAAGUUUCUCGACAUCGACAGAGUCGGCGUCUGGGGAUGGGGCUAUGGUGGAUACGUUACCGCUAUGGUGCUCGGGAGUCAGGAGCAUGUCUUCAAGUGUGGCGUCGCGGUAAAUCCAAUCGCUGAUUGGAUGUACUACAAUUCUGCAUUUACGGAACGAAUCCUCGGUGCUCCAGCUGAGAAUUACAAGGGUUACGUGGAAGCUGAUCUCACGCAACGAGCGAGAUUAGUACCUAGUCACAGCCUUUAUCUCCUUCAUGGUCUAGCCGACCUCACUGCGCCUUACACACACGGCGUUGCCUUCGCCAAGGCUUUGUCCGAAGCGGGAGUCAUCUUUAGAUAUCAGAGUUAUGCGGACGAAGAUCAUGCCCUGACGGGUGUGCUCGAACACGCUUAUCGUUCCAUGGAGGACUUCCUCGCCGAGUGCCUCGCCCUGGAUGUCUCCUAGUGCCUCAAGCCGAAAAAUUCUUUGUUGUCUCUAGUGCGUCUACUUCCGAUACAUCCAGAACGAACGUUGAAACGGAGACUUGUCCUCGAAAUCACGGCAAUUACACUUGUGAGCGGAAUAAAACUCGUUUGAAGCCUGAAUCGCAAAAUAAAUCUGGCUGUUAAUUAAAAAUGUGACAAGGCGAGAAAAACAAAAACACGAUUGUUUAUCUAAAACGACUAACAAUAAGAAAAAAAUGAAAGAAGAACUAUGCGUAUAUGCGAAUUUAUGCGGAAAAAAGAUGGGGAAGAUGGGGAUGAUUCCAUUCAAGGAAAUAAAAUGGUAUUUGUACGAGCAAUAUAUAUCGUUAUAACGUGCAUGUAUCAUUCAUCUAUUCAGAUUUCUCUUGGAGAACUCAUUCAUUUCUCUCUCUGAAUGUGCAAUUAGUGAUACAUACAUCACCAAGUCAUAUGAGGGAAUUCAGGUAUUGUGAAAGAUAUUUGACGAAAAACGAAAAAACGAUGAAUCCUCUUUUCUGCUUGGCAGUAUUUUUGUAUAUUAUUGAACGAUGUCUCUCGCGCUUUCCACGUGGAUUCGAUAUUCGAUAGUUCUAUAAUUCGUCAGAUAAUGUGUGAAUUGUCAUCGAACAUGAAUCUCUCAUUUGCAAAGGUUUCGCAAUUUCACGCGAGCGAGAUUUGUUCGAUAAUAAUAAAAUGCACCGAACAAACGCGCGUAUUUGCCGUGAAAUCGAUUUUGGGCAAAUUUCGAAGAGCGCAAGAGAAAACGAAAUGCGUGUUCGAAAGCGCAGACCGAAUUAUUAUGUGCGGAGCUUAUCGACGGCUUGCAAAUCCCUAAGUCGUAGUGCCAUCGACAGGAACGACAUUGCGAAAUAUCGACAUCGGGUGUUUGCAAGCUCGUCCAUUAACGUUUUGCUGUGUUCCAAGUCCUAAGGGCGCUCAUGUAGAAAGGGCCUGAUGAGAUUUCGUAGAGCGAACUAAAGACGCGAUUAUUACGAAUUGAAUAAGAUUUUAACGUACAGAGCUUAUUGGAAGUCUGCAAACUUGCAUUUCUUUUUUAUAUCUCAUUCUUUGCAUACUUUGGGGAGUUUAUCAAAUUAUAGUGUGUAUAUUAUACUCGAAUAACGUAUAAAGGGAAAAUUUCUUUUGCACACUGUAAUCGACAAUUGUUCGGUGAAAUUGAUGAAAAUCCAUGGAUUGAAAAUCUCAAAUUGAAUUAUCACACAGUUUGUUCACAGAAAAAGUUUGCAAGCUUCCGCGUCUCAUGUUCUUCUUUUUUUAGCUACGUCACUGGUGCCUCCUCGAUUUUAAACGAGGAAAAAAGUAUCUACGCCUAUGCGGUGACGUUCGUCCACAGGCAUCGACAUAUUUACCAUUAUAUAUACAUAUAUAUAUAUAGAAUCCGGACAGAGGGCUACUGUAAAUUUUGUGUUGUACAGCUUGGCGCCUAGUUCUAUGUAUCGUGAUGCGUAAAAAAAUUGUUCCACCCCACCUUACAUACUCCCAUCUCGACCCACCCCUUCUCCUUUCCUCUAAUCCAUUUGAAUUUUGGAUAUUUGUACAUACGUAUACACCUAUGAGAAAUGUGAGAGGCUCCUUCGACGAGAUCUCGCGCUGAUGCCUAGAAGAGAAGUCGCGAGAGAUUCAUAGAACGAAUGGUGGAUCGUGGAUAAAUUGGUUUCUUUGACAGAUUCUCGACAAGAUUUAUAAAAAUAUGUUACUUGUCAUAUAGAGCAUAUAUGUAUGUGAAUUCGAAUUUUGUCGAAGGUGCAGAUAUUAGACUCGUUGUAUAUCUUUUCGAGAUAAAUUAAUCGAUCCCGAAUGGAUGAACGAUGAUACUAAACAGACGAUAUGAACCUACUUAUAGAAUCGUCAUGAUUAGCUGUUGAUCAUCGAUCAGAAGCGAUCAGGCAUUCGACAUAGAGGUUUCCGGAUAUAUUAUUGCGAUGCUUUUACGUGGAACAAUAGAAGACGAAAUAUGGCGAGACAUCGUACGCUUAUUGUCACAUAUAAAUCAUUUCUACUACUGUUCCACUAUUGUGAGAAGCGAAUGUUCGGAAACGAUAUAAAGAUCAUUCGACAAUGUCGAAAAAUAAUAGGACUCGUAAAUAUUUUCGACGUAAGAUAUCUUUCACAUAUAUAUUUCAGGAAUUGAAAUGCGAAAAUUGAAAAUUUUAAUGCCUUACUACUCUUGACGUCUUAUUUUUCUUUGCAUUACAUCUUUUUUAUUAUUAAAAUAAACCGCUUAUAUCGACUAUUAUAUUAUACUGGUCAACAAAAGAAAAUGUUUUAUUUAGUUGCCAAGGAUGUUUGAAUGAAUUUAGGGUAUUUUAGGAAUACUGAAUCUAAAAUGAUAAUAGUUAUACCAAAUUGACUCUAGUUUUUGAGAUAAUGGAUAUUCAAAUUACAAUUUUAUCUCAAACUUGACUUAGCAACAAUGUUUUUAUUCUUUAACAUUGUUUCUAUCUCUAACGUGAUCCUGAUGACUUAUAUAUUUAACAAAUCGUACAAACAGCGUUUUUCUAAUGCAUUAAUUUUAAUUAACUGAAUCAACUUACUUCGCUUUUUUAAUUUCACUGAAUACAACUCCAUACAUAUUAGGUAUUUCAUAUAUACAAUAUAUUUGUGAGAUGCUUUGAAACAGUUUCCAUAUCAUUUGGGAACGCCUUUUUAAAUUAUAAAUUUUAGAUUAUACCUGACCAUAUUUUUUUGCAUU